AUGGCGUCUCCUAAUGAUUCCCCAAAGCCGUCAAUAGAGGUGCAGAACCUCUCCUACAAGUUCCAAGAUGGAUCUGCGGGGCUGGACCAUGUGCAAUUGGAUCUCCCACCGGGAAGCCGAACGCUGUUGAUCGGCGCCAAUGGAGCGGGCAAGACCACCCUGUUGCGCCUAGUAUCGGGGAAGCGCCUUGCGCCUAACAACACGAUUGCUGUGGGCGGCAAGGACCCCUUUAAGGAGGGACUGGAAGGCGUCACAUAUCUCGGUGUGGAAUGGGUGCUGAACAGCAUUGUCCGCACAGAUAUCGAUGUGCCCACGCUGCUGGCAUCCGUCGGUGGCAAUGCCUACCCGGAACGACGUGACGAGCUGGUUGAUAUCCUUGAUAUCGAUCUCAGCUGGCGCAUGCAUGCCGUUUCCGAUGGUGAGCGCCGCCGCGUUCAACUAGCUAUGGGUUUGCUGCGGCCUUGGCAGGUCCUGCUGCUCGAUGAGAUUACUGUCGACUUGGACCUGCUCUCUCGGAGCAACUUCCUCGCUUUCCUCAAGCGCGAGACGGAGACUCGGGCAUGCACAAUUGUAUAUGCUACGCACAUCCUGGAUAAUCUCGCUCAAUGGCCUACCCAUCUUGUGCAUAUGCAUCUGGGUAAGGUUAAGGCAUGGGGUCCCGUGGAGACGUUCUAUAACCAGAUUCCGCAGUGGACUUCCGAGAACAGUCGUCUCGGGGAGCUGGUUCUCAAGUGGCUGAAAGAAGACCUUGAUGCCCGGGGACCGCGAAAUGGCCGGUCAAACCAGGGUAAAACCUACCAGUCUCUCGAGGGAUUAGGAGGUUAUGGGCUAGAAAAGCGCAGCUAA